GCACCAGUUUUUAUAAAAGAAGUUUGAAAUCUGAAGAUGAAGGAAUAGUAUCGUAGUUACGAAAAAAAUGGACAUUUAAUAGGAAAUAAUUGAUUCAAGUAAAUUCAGACUUCACCAAAAAGACAAAAUAACAAAGGCCGAAAUGAAAAAGGUGCAGUUCAGAUCAAUUUAACAUAUUUUACUCAAAGCUAGGUCCGCAAUGUGCAACUUGAGUUACUGGGUUGGGGUUACCAGUAAGGAUUGAUCAGCAAAAGGAAAGGAUUGGGCUUAUCAUUAAGCUGUUGACGGGGGCCUAUAUCGAAGCAUGAAAUCUUGUACACUUGUAAGCAGAUUAAAGCUUCAGAGGUCUAAACAGCUUGCUUCAUGAAAUCAAGUACUUCGCUACUCGUCUGCCCCUAUCACCUCGGACAAGACAAAUCUAAACUCAAUGGCAAGCCAAACCACAAAGAACCCAGAAUCCAUCUAUGAUUUUACUGUUAAGGAUGCGAAAGGAAAUGAUGUUGACCUGAGGGCUUACAAAGGAAAAGUGCUAUUGAUUGUUAAUGUUGCUUCCAAAUGUGGAAUGACAAACUCAAACUACACAGAACUGAAUCAAUUAUAUGAGAAGUUUAAAGAUCAAGGCUUGGAGAUUCUGGCUUUUCCAUGCAAUCAAUUUGGUGAUGAGGAACCUGGAUCAAAUGAUCAGAUUGCUGAAUUUGUUUGCACCCGCUUUAGAUCAGAAUUUCCCAUCUUUGACAAGAUUGAAGUAAAUGGUGUCAAUGCUUCCCCACUAUAUAACUACUUAAAGUUGGGGAAAUGGGGAAUUUUUGGAGACGACAUCCAAUGGAACUUUGCCAAGUUCUUGGUCAGUAAGGAUGGCCAAGUUGUUCAUCGGUAUUAUCCCACCACUUCGCCACUUAGUCUUGAGUAUGAUAUAAAGAAGUUAUUGGGGAUUAGCCAGAAUGAUUAGUGAAAAAGGGGAAGGUGAAGCUGUCCGAUUAGCGAUCGACUGAUCGAAUUCUAAGCUUCAAAUAUCUAUAUUCUUCCGUGAGUGUUCUUCCAGAUUUGUAAAAUUUGUAUUGCAGAAUACUAUGUAAGAAAAUUUUGGUUAACAAUAUCCAAAGCUACAUGUAUGUUUGUAUUCUAUGUAGCAUGUUGGAGUUGCCUUCGUUUAAGAUCGAACUCAAGACCAUGCGUUCUUUUUAUAUGAAACUAUUUGAUAGUGUCCUCUUUGUGGAUGA